AUGGCUUUACUAUUAGGUUAUGCAGAAAUCUUUCUUGCAAUUAUGUGCUUCCUCUUUAUAUGGAGUUUUAGGAACAUAAAUGGUCAGAUGCCAUGGAACUGGCCACUGGUAGGCAUGCUUCCAAGCCUAUUUUUCCAUGUACACCGAUUUCAUGAACGGUGUGCAGAUGUUCUUGAGUGGUCUGGGGGCACUUUUCUUCUUAAGGGUCUCUGGUUUGCUAAUAUGGACAUUCUUGGUACAGUGGAUCCAGCCAAUGUGCACUUUAUAAUGAGUGCAAACUUUGCAAAUUUCCCCAAAGGUCCUGAGUUCAAGAAAAUUUUCGAAGUUUUGGGAGAUGGAAUCUUCAACACUGACUUGGAUUUGUGGAAGAAUCAAAGGAAACAGGCUCGAGGUUUGCUCAAUCACGAGCGUUUUCGCAAGUUCUUGAUGAGAACUAGCUCGGAGAAAGUCGUGAAAGGGCUUAUUCCAGUUCUUGAACAUGUAGCUAAAGAAGGGUUUGUUGUAGAUUUACAAGAUUUGUUCCAAAGAUUCACUUUUGAUACUACUUGUAUAUUGGUCACAGGCUAUGAUCCGGGGUGCCUUUCGGUUGAAUUUCCUGAUGUUCCCUUCUCCAAGGCCAUGGACGAGGUGGAAGAAGCCCUAUUUAUGCGCCAUUGCUUGCCAGAAAGUGUAUGGAAGUUGGAAAAAUGGCUAAAUAUUGGACAUGAGCAUAAGCUAAAUAAAGCUUGGGGUGUCUUGGACAAUGUUAUAGGCAAGUACGUGUCGAUGAAACGCGAAGAACUAAGUCAACCAAGAAAAUUUGAUGGAGACGAAGAAGGGUUAGAUUUGUUAACAUCGUACAUCAAUGAAGACGAGGGCAUGGGAUUGAAUUGUGACGACAAUUUCUUGAGAGACACCAUAUUGAAUUUCAUGAUCGCGGGGCGUGACACUACUAGCUCAGCUCUCACUUGGUUUCUUUGGCUAGUUUCUACACAUCCGGAAGUCGAAAAGAAGAUAAGAGAAGAGCUGAAUUCCAUUAUACCACCCAAGGAAGGUGAAAAAUGGAGGCUCUUUAAGGUGGAGGAAUUGAAAAACCUAGUUUAUUUACAUAGUGCAUUGUGUGAAUCACUAAGGCUAUAUCCACCAGUUCCAUUCCAGCAUAAGUCUCCUCUUCAACCUGUUACUCUUCCAAGUGGUCAUUAUGUUACUCCAAAGAUGAAGGUUAUGUUUUCCCUUUAUGCCAUGGGAAGAAUGGGGUUCAUAUGGGGUAAGGACUCCAAGGAAUUCAAGCCAGAAAGAUGGAUCACCGAGCAUGGGACUAUCAAAUAUGAGCCUUCGUACAAGUUCUUGGCCUUCAACGCCGGACCAAGAACUUGCCUUGGGAAAGAAGUAGCUUUUACACAGCUGAAAGCCGUUUCGGCUGCCAUAAUUUAUAACUACCAAAUCCAAGUGGUGGAGGGGCACACUGUGAUCCCUAACGUUUCUGUGAUUCUCUACAUGGAACAUGGAUUGAAGGUUAAAGUUAGCAAGAGAUGGACUUGA